AUGGAUCAAUUACUUCAGGGACUAGAUGGAGUCAAAUGCUUUUUUGAUGACAUUAUUAUUCAAGGAACCUCAGAAGAUCAACUCCUAUCACGACUGAGACAAGUUCUUCAGAAACUCAAAGAGAGUAACCUGCGCGUCAAUAGAGAAAAAUGCAACUUUUUUAAGCGAAGUAUUAAUUACCUAGGACAUAUAAUAGAUGAAGAUGGACUACAUAAAAAUAAAGACAAAGUGAAGGCCAUUAUGAAAACAGAGAGACCGAAAAACGUAAAUGAAUUAAGAACUUUUCUUGGUAUGGCGAAUUAUUACAAUAAAUUUAUACCCAAUUUAGCCUCAAUAACAAAUCCCCUAAAUGAAUUACUAAAGAAAGAAAAGGAAUUUCAAUGGUCCUCCAAAUUGCUUGCUCCAAAGAGCUUGUCUCACAGCUUUAAUAAAAUUAAACAGGAGAUAUUGAGUGAAAGAGUACUCAUUCAUUUCGAUCCCAAAAAACCAUUGAUAAUAGCCACGGAUGCUUCUCCAACAGGAUUAGGAGUUGUUUUAUCUCAUAAACUAAAGGAUGGAUCUGAAAGGCCAAUCGCAUUUGCUUCUCGAUCACUUUCAACUAGCGAAAAGAAAUAUAGUCAAAUCGAUAAAGAAGCUACAGCCAUCUUUUGGGGUAUAAAAAAAUUUUUUCACUACUGCUACGGUCGGAAGUUCACACUGAUAACUGACCAAAAGCCUCUUACCUCAAUCUUUCACCCACACCACACACUUCCAGCCCUAAGCACAAUGAGACUGUUCCAUUACGCACAUUUUCUAUCAGGAUUUGAUUACGAUGUAGAAUACAGACCGGCAUCAAAACAUUCAAAUGCUGAUUAUUUAUCAAGAUUUCCAGUGGAAUAUGUAAAAGAAAAUUCUAGAGAUCAACACUGCACAUUCCAACAACAACAAAUUAAUACGCUUGAUGUCCGACCAGAACUUAUAGCUAGAGAAACAAAAAUAGAUGAAGAACUUAAAAUAUUAUUGGAAGCACUAAAAACUGGUCACUCAGUACGACAACAUGGCUAUAACGAUAACGAACUUACACUUCAAGACAAUUGCAUUUUGAAAGGAACCCGAGUUGUAAUACCGCACAGCCUACGUAGCCGUGUUCUUGACGAACUACACGAAGGACAUAUUGGUAUUCUUAAAAUGAAAUUAUUAGCACGCAGUUACAUAUAUUGGAAAAAUAUAGACACAGAUAUUGAAAACAAGGUAAAAUCUUGCAGAGCAUGUCGAUUACAACAGAAUGAACCCCCAAAAGCGCCACUACACCAUUGGGAGCAACCUACAGAACCCUGGCAACGACUGCAUAUCGACUUUGCCGGACCUGUACAGGGUUACCAACUUUUAGUUGUCGUAGAUGCCUUCACAAAGUGGGUUGAAAUCUACCCUACUAAGAUUACUACAAGUUCGUGGUGUAUUACUAAACUGAAAGAACUGUUCACUAUAUUUGGAAUACCACAUACAUUAGUAUCAGAUAACGGACGACAGUUUAUAUCUCAAGAAUUCGAAUGUUACCUUUCCAACUGUGGUAUAAAACACUCAAAAUCAGCUCCCUACCAUCCAGCGACUAAUGGCCAAGCGGAGCGCUAUAUACAAACAAUAAAAAGGGCGCUACGUGCAAUGGAGGGGGAGAGGGGUGACCUUAAUGAUAAACUUCUGACCAUUAAGACACGACUCAGACGUACCCCGACCUCCAAUGGUCGAACACCAUAUCAGCUUCUGUUCAAUCGAGACAUUAGAACCAAGCUCCAUGUCAUGUUCCGUACCACACCACCACUAGCGGUAGCUGAAUUGAACAACAGGCCUCCUGUCAAACAAAUGUAUAUAACAGGUGACCGGGUCCAGGCUAGAAGCUCUUCAAUAUAG